AUGAUGACCUCCGAUAGCAGCAGAAAGAGGAGACCAGUCCGUCCACUAAGUCCCGCACCCAGGCCAGCAAUGCUGCAUAAGAAUUGCGCCUCCGUCACAGACUUUCUUCGCAGCGCCGCCGUUCCAGUGGGAUGUCAACCCGAAAGUGUCGACACAGCUUUCAAAGCACAUACGAGUCUCAUGAGAAAGUCAACAUUGGAUUCGUUUGAUCUCAACAGAUAUCUAUUUGCCUACAAGCCCCUGGCGAGAGCAAAUGCUGUACUUGCUUCUGCUCUGCUUUCUAUUGUGGAGAUUGACCAAAAACACUUCCCAUUGUCACCGGCUCUUCGUUCGGCUGUCAUGUACGUCGCCGGAAACGCACAUCACAGUGUGUUCGUCAUGACAUAUGCCGCUCAACUCAAAAGCAUCAUGAGAUCACGACCACCGACUGAGGGGAUUCUCCCAGCCAUUGUACUUGAGGGACGACACCUUACUGACAAAGAAAUCGCGGCCCUUGACUUUGCACAGGAACUAUCAGGUGCGAACGCUGUAGUUUCUGAAUCUACUCGCCGAAGAGUGAUCAAUGGUGAUGCCGAGUCGGAUGGUCGGUUAGAACGGCUUGUGUCCAGCGCAUCAUCGUAUGCGGCCUUUUUGGCAUGCCUCACGAGCACCGUAGAUAUGGCAUUACCUCAUGGCUCGAUAACUUAUGCCACCAAGAAUUUGGAUUGCUUGCCUUGGAAGUCCAGCGGUGCCCCCGUGAAUGUCGGCUUUCUUGACGAUGAAAUGGGCGACUUUGGGCUCAGCACUGCUCCCUCAGGCUUCAGUUCCAAGUACCGACCAAAGCGAGAACGGCUCAGCUUGAACAGGCACUAUGAUCGACAUCAUCGAGACCGAUCACGCUCGAGACAUAGAGGAAUCCGCAGAGUCUCACAAUUCUUUGCAGCCUCCAUCAUGGGCCCGAAAACUGUGACCGAUGUGAAUAGAAUAACUGAGUCAUGGAUGAAAACUGCUGGCGUACCACCGUCUGGUCGUCUUUUCGACAUCAAUGAUGAGAUUUGCUCUCUUUUUGGUUUCCAUCCCUUCUAUUUUUCGACCGCGGCGAUGGAAAGAGAAAGUGUGCGACGGGCGUUCCUUUUCGGAGCAAAAGAAUUACUAUUUUCUGAAAAAGAGGUUCCUAGGCGGCUCAAAUUCCUCUUGUGUUAUGUAUUAUCGUCUGGCAAGGAGAGGCAACGAAUCGUCGAUUCUGAGCAUUCAAAGAGCUUUCAAAAGCAGGGUGUGCACAAUGGACAUUCUAUUACUUCAGUGUACAGCCAAAGGCAGUACGAUUCGCUAAGUAUCAUGUCCGCCCAUGCUGCAUUCCUGGCUUGCAAAUAUGGGGCUUCUCCAGCAGAGUUGGUUGCCGCCUCUGAUGCAAGCCGAGUUAGGAGUGCUAUGGAGCGAUACGACCUUGAUCCAGCCAAGAAUUGGUCAUCAAGAACGAUAGGAUUUCCACUUGUAAGAAGGGAUUGCGCAGCUAUCCUGAUUGUUCAUUCACUUAUGCAAGCAACCCCCGUCAUAUCUGAGAGAGAUCUGCGAUCGUUUGAAAGUGCCUUUGCCGGGCAGACAAAGGACCCUGAGUAUUCAAGCCGACCAAGCAGACGCGCUUUGAUGGAGGUACUUGGCACCGCUAGUAUGUGGUCAGCCUUCGAAAGAUACGCCACUGGUACUUUGGCAUUUGACAUUGACUGCACAUCGAAUAUGGUAUUCGGAAAUGGUCGAGCUGAGCCAACUAUCAGCGAGUUCUGUCGGGGAAACGAGGGGAGGAAGAUAGGAUUAAGUUUAGCUACCAGCGAAUGUAGAGAUGUCAUGAGAGUGCGAUCUGAGUCGAAGGCGUCACGGCAGAGUUCCUUGCGACCGACGACGAAGAGCGCUAGGAACCUUUACCGGAAACGAACAAGCUCCGCUCUUAGUUCAACAAGUCGUAUGGGUCGGAUCUUUAGUUCGUCGACUUCCGAAUCCCAACAUCACAAUAAGCAUUCCAUAGCUGUUCGGUAA